AUGACGGACCUUGAUCUCACACCCUUCAUCCUUGACCAGUCCUUGAUUGACUAUACCCUCCUUGCCACAAGGGAUGCCCUAACAAAGUCUGAUGGAGCGGCUGCGGCAUUGGCCAAGAAAAGGGCGAUCCCUGCACUCGAGUUCUUUACAACUCUCCUCGAUCCUUCCAUCGAGCAGGAGGGGGUGCAAUUGGACGCGUUCAAAAAAUAUCUCGCGGCACUUAAUGAUGAGAGCAUCGCAUCUGAAGUACUUGCAAGUUUGCCAAAGCCAGAGCCUGCAACCGCAGAUGCCGCUCAACCUACAGAUGUUUUUAACCUUACGCCGGCGCAGCGUGUUUUGGGGCUUCCAGAAACCCUAAGCCUUAUCCUCUCGCAUGUCUCUCCUUUGUCCAAGCCUGGACGCGAGACUUACAAAGCUGCGUCGUUGGUAUCACGAUCUUUCCAUCACGCCUCACAGAUCACCCUGUGGUCUAUUCCCCGAGAUCUCGACACCGUCGAGCAACAAGUGCGUUUUGCCUUUGGCGCUUCCAUCUCUGUCGCUUUGAGUGAGCCUUUGGGCAAUCACGUCAAGAGACUCAGGAUCCGUCGCGUUAGAGGCGGAUGGAACGAUCGUAUUAUUCAUAAAAUUGUCAAGGUCUCCCAAGGAGUUGAAGAUCUUACCCUUCAUUGCGGUGAUGUGGAGGAUGGUGUGACUCCCAUCACACCGGCCUUCGUCUCAUCUCUACACACAAUCCUCAGCUCCCUCCCUAAACUCAGAACCCUUGAUCUGUGUAAAUUUUCAUACACACCCGUGCCCGAUUUCGAACCUGAUAUUCCUGCCGAUGGCCUUGUCCCCUUCACUAAAUUAGAGUCUCUAACUCUAUAUGGUUUUGGCUGGUACUGGCCCGCCAUCUCAAAGGGCCUUGGCGCAAACCUCAAGUCUCUCGAGAUUGGACUAGACACUCGACUAGCCGAGGAGGAACUUCUUAGACUCUCAACCCAAACAACGGCUUUAACUUCCCUCAGUCUCGCUUGUCCAAUUACUCUCAGAAUCCUCCAAUCAUUCGUAAAUAAUGCGCCGGGCCUCGAAUCUAUCACCGUCUACCGGUUCGACGACAUCGACGAUGCCUUUACUAAUGGCUUCUUCGCAGCCGUAAUCCAGCCCCCCAACCUUAAAGCCAUCUCGUUCAGCCACCCCAUCGGGAAUAGGCAGUUCACUGUCCUCCAACAGUCAUCUGCACCACUCGCAGACAUCAGCAUUAAAGUCCAAGAAGACUCCCCUGAAGCUGAGGUCAAUCAAUGGCUCACGGAGCUCAUCAAAGCCAAAAAGCAGACCCUCACCAGCCUCGGAGUAUCAUUCGAAGGUUCUAAGCUUCUGAAACCCACAGAUGCACUUGUCACCGCUCUCGCUGGCUGCCCCCAGCUCAAGACCCUAUUCAUCGAUGCGGCGGACGCAGCGGAAGGCGUGGUUGGCUUAGGAGUGAGUGCGAGCGUCGUCGAAUCUCUGCUAAGAAACUGCCCCAACCUGCGCCUCACGGCGUUCGUGGAAAGUCUGGUGACUGGCAACGAGGUUUAUGAAAAGGAGUUCAAACAGAAGAUGGAAGUGGUGGAGAGGGAGCUGGAACUUGAGAAUGAGGAGGAUAUUUUGGGCAAUUGA